GCGACCCUCGACGACGGCCCGCAACAGCGAUGACGAUGGCGACGAUCGCUUGGUAUGCGAUGAUGGCGACGUCCGCGGUGACGAUGACAAUCCCGACGACGAAGGCGAUGAUGUUCGGAAAGGCGAUGAAGGCGGUGAAGACGACGGGCGAGAUGAUGUGCACGCCGGCGACGAUUUCGUCGAAGACGACUGCCAAGAUAACGCAAGCAGUGAAGAUGGCUACGUUGGCGACGGACGUGGUGACGAUGACGAUGACGGCGACGAAGGCGGUGACGAUGGAGACGAUGGUGAUGAAGGCAACGACGUUAACAAAAAGCGAUGAUGACGAUGAUGGCGACGAAGGCGCUGAUGAAGGCUACGAAGGCGACUCACGCAGCGAAGACGACUGCAAUGGCGACGGAACAAGCGCGGCGGGCGGCGCGGACUGCGUCAGGGAGAGAGAGAGAAUGCUUUCGUGCAUUUGCGAAGAACGCCCGCGUCCUUAUAAACAUGUGUCACGCGGGGUGGACGGCAACGAAGGAGCAGUGGGAAGGCCAGUCCAAAGUCAUUUCCAUGCUCCACCAAACGAUACGAAAAGCGCAGGGUCAUCGCAGGGGGCGAGACGAAAGGCGAAGGGUCGCGGGCGAGACGGCCGUGCAUCCGCUGCACCGCCACCCAUCGUCUCGCCUCCCUUCGUCGAUUGUGGACACGGAGGGACCCCACAGCCCGAAAUUCUGCCCCCAUAAAUGACUCCAUCCCACUCCCCCAUUGUCCACACUCCAUGCCGGCCAGGAACGUACCCGACGGCCAAACUCUUUCUCUUAUACACAUCUAGAUGUGUAUAAGAGACAGUCCCCCUCCCGACCUCCGAAAUAUAGCACCCCACCCGACGAUCUACCAGGGCGCGAAAAGAGGUAAAUAAACCAAAACAAAACACAUAACACAAG